UCACAUGUCUGUCACUUCCAUGUGUUCAAUCAUCAAUGUUUGCCGUGAUGAAUAGAAUUAUAAUCAAAUAAUAUAAACGAAAUUAAUCGUCAAUUAGUCUUUCAUUACGUUAAACAGUGAUUACUAUUAUUUUUUCGUAUUUUUGAUUUUUGAUUAACAUUUAACGUCAUAUAAAUACACAGCUGUGUAUAACCUAUUAUAAGGAAGGCAUUAAUAAAUAGAUAGUUUGAUUCUGAGCAUAACAAACCAUGGCUGCUACUUCCCUGAGAGAACAGUUGCAGAAAUUAGCUGCACCUCAAACUUCAAUCUUCAAAGACAAUAAGAAACGAGUAUCACUUCUAUUCGAUCCGAAAGAAGCAGCGCUCAAGGAUCGUGAUACUUUCUAUGAAAUCGGUAUCAGCGGACUCAAGGAACUAAUAGCGCUAUUCGAAGGAUUUUGUGUCUACGAGGAUUCAUUGUUCAGUCUGACAUCGAAGGAUUUUGAACGAGCCGUACAAACAAAAGAAGUAAAUAGAAACUUGGACCAGACAAUAGAAAAAUUUCUUCUACAACUAUCGCCGUAUUUCCUACUCCAAUCAUCGCACAAGGCGUUGGAGUGGCUAGUUAAUAGAUACCACAUCCAUGAAUACAACCAGGAUGCAAUAAUGGCUCUGAUCCUUCCGUACCAUGAUACAAAAAUCUUUGUUCGGUUUGUACAAAUACUCCAAAUAAAAUCCACUCAAUGGAAGUGGUUGGAGCCAGUUCAAACACAUGGUAUUGCGUUAUCUAAGCUGACUCUCUAUCAGCAGUGUGUUUCAAACACAUCAACAUUGCAAUUUAUAGCCAAGACUACAAUGAAAUAUGUGAUACAGUUUGGUGAUAGAGCCACACACCUCAAUACAGUUUUUGCGUUUUUCUGUUCAUCUACAAUUGGUACAAUGAAUAAUGUUCAUAAUGUUUCCGAAGCCAUUAUAAGCUCCUUGCUGCCAACAUUGAUGGAGGCCUUAGAGUCACAAGUCGCAGAUUUUAGAUCAUGUGCAUACGUCAUAUUUGGCUUCCUUAUGACUAAAGGGAAGUUGAAAAGAAAAACGAUCAAUGAAAUUGUUGAUAAACUGUUAGCCUCAGAAUUUGAAAUUAAUCCUGAUGUUGUUCUAUUGAUAAAUUUAAUAUACGCAAAUCAGAAGCACAUGCGCAAAAUGUCAGAAUUUGUUUUAAAUAAUAUCUCUUCAGAUACUAUGCAAACUAUUUGUAAAUAUUUGAAGAUAUUCAGUGCGAAGAAAAUCAAUUGUCAACCUUUUAUAUUGGCUUUCUUAUCUGGCAUAUUACCUCUUUUAAAUGGUGGCACAGAGGAAUUUAUGAAAUUCACACCAUUACUUAACAUUUUGAUGGACGAAGUAGACUUCAAUGAUAUAGCUCCUGAAAAAGCUAUUGAAUGUGUGUUAAAUGAAGCUUGCUCAUUGCAAAAAAAUGAAAAGCCAUCAGAUGAUGGAAGUGACAUCGAAAUAAUUGAAGAUGACAAUGAUGUGUCCCAAAAGCUUAUUAACUGGUACUCAAAUUUCUUGAAAAAUUUUGAAACUAAAUAUCCAAAUGCAUUUGAUGCUGUUGUGAAAAAAGAAAUGAGGUCAGAUAAUAAAAUCUCAGCAGAGCGGAAAGCAAGCCUCGCUAAAGUGUUGGGCUUUAAUCCAGCCCUCGCUCAUCAAUUUGGAGGGGCAUACCUUUUUGAAAAUCUUAAUCAUAUCAACCCAGAAAUACGUAUAGAAGCAGUAAAUUAUAUAACAAAAGAAUUAUAUGCUCUUCAAAUCAAGAACAAGGACUUUGUCAAAGAUUCCAUCAUUAAUCGGCUCAAUGAUGAUGAUCCUGGUGUAGUGAUGGCAGUUCUGUCAAUUGAGAACAAAAGCUUGAAUGAAAUUCUUAGUGACACGGAUAUAACUGAUGCAUUUUGUAAUAUUGUGUCGAAAUCUUCUAAAAAAUGGAAGCCUGUUAUAAAGACGGCAAUAAUGAAGUUCUGUGUUCUAGACAACUUACCAGUGAAUCACGAAACUGUAAUGGCAAUAAUUCCACACCUGUUCCCAUAUAGUCCAGAAAGUAGUUUAAACACUUGGCAAAUAUUAACAUCAUCCUGGGGUAAAAAGUUUGGCUUAAAGGAUAAAAUUUCAUGCAAAGAAUCAUUUGCUGAUAAUUCUCAAAUUCUUAGGCAGAUUAUUUUCAAAGCCCUAUUUGUUGACCAUGUAAUGAGUUUUGACGACGUGAUUGACGUAACCCGGCUGAAGAAAGAUAACACACUGGACUUGUGUUUUUAUUUGCUUUUGAAGACAUGUUCCAUAGACACGGCGAAAGCUGAAGAUAUUUUAGAUAUUCUUGACUUGCUCCUUGAUUCUGUUCACACGCGCACUAUUAUUUCAAGUGAAAUAGGGACUACCUUUACUAAUGAAACAAUUAUGGAAUUUAUUAAAUGUGCAAAGCAUGAUAAGAUAUUGUUUGAAGUUUUGGCAUACAUUUUUGUUAGAAUUACUGACACAUUAGACGUAAACGACGUUUCCAAGCCAUGGUGCAAUGUUUGUGAAAAUGCUAAAAAUAUCUUAACAAGAAGGUUAUUUGAACUUUAUAUUACUGGUUGCGGAAUACCUGGUUAUAGUGAAGAGUACACGCAAUUGCUCCAAAAGCUAUUUCAACAGUUAUUCAGAAGUCCUAAAGAAAAAUUCGAUUAUAUGGCUAAUAUUGCAUUUGGGCAUAUUCUGUAUGCAACUGAUGCUAAAGACUUAAUUAGUCCAGCUCUUCAACUAAGGUGUCUAAAGCUUCUCAAUAAUUUUAUAACUGUUCAGAAGAAUGAAACUUGGCUGUAUGAAUCUGAUGUUCUUAUAUCAGUUGUUAUUUUUGGACUAAAUCAUCCUAUAUCAUAUAUAAGGGAAGCUGUUUUUCAAUUAAUUGAAGUAGUAGUUGGAAAAGCUAAAGGCAAUUUUAUAUAUGUGGAAUUACUUAAAGAACUAGUAAAUCACAAAGAGCAGAUGUUAUUGGAUCACGAACAAAUAUCCCAAGUGUUAAGAAAAAUUCUGACCCAACAAUCCAUUGGAAGUAAAAUUUUCAAAAAGAAUUGUUUGAUAAAAUUAACAGGAAUCUUAAUUAAUGACACACCAGCAUAUGUAAAAUCAGCAUUGGUGAAAUUGUUUUCUGAUAUAAAUGCUAACAUUUAUUCCCACAUUGUGCCUUGCCUAAAAAGUUUGAUAACAUCGCUAAAGAUAAAUAAAUCAAAUACAAAGAUCUCAUUCAAUAUUUAUGAGUCCAAUUUAUUUAACAAUGUCAUCAAUCUACUGAAUGAGCAAACAGUGUCAGCAAUUUCUAAAGAUGAAGUGUGGCAGAUCAUUGAAGAAUGUUUAAAAGAGUAUAAAGAAUGUAUAUUGGAAGAAUCUAUGACUUUAACGAGUCCAUGUGUUCUAGUAUUUAAACAAUUAAAUGAAGAUGUAUUUGGUAAAGUCCCUGAAAAUAGAUGUUCUGAAUUAAUUAAUCUAAUAACUCUAGCUGGCGCGAUUAGUAAUAAUCCCUCGAUUGCAAGUAUAGCAUCCAAAACUAUAAAGAAAAUGCACAUUAAACUUGAUGAUUUUAAACCGAUUCUUCAGAAAAUGCUCAACGUUGUUGACCCUGCCGACAAUGCAAAUAAGAAAAAGAAAUCAACUGUAUCUAUGCUAUCUCAUCAGAUAGUAGAGACUGAAGAGUGGCGUUUAGGUGUCACUCUACUUGAAUAUGUUCAGAACAAAAAGAAGAUGAGUUUGGACAAUAACUUUGUCUCCAUGCUUUUCCAGUUGCUUAAAAAAUGUUUAAGAUUCGAAGAACAGUCGUACGUAGAAUAUACUAAGCAAUUAAUCCUUUCAUCUAUUUGGUACUAUUUGAAGAAGUAUGUUGUCAAUGAAGAUGAGGACCAGCUAAAAGCUGUCAAGUCUAUGUUUGAUGUCGAAUUAGUCGUUCAGUGCAUUCGAGGAACUCAAAAUCCACAAACUCAUCAUCAUGCGUUAAUUGUACUGUCUCAUGCAGCUUAUAUAUUACCGGAACAGGUUCUUCAUCAUACUAUGGAGAUAUUUACUUUUAUUGGAUCCUCAGUUUUACGCCACGAUGACGCGUACAGUUUCCAAAUUAUAACAAAGAUUAUUGAGACUUUAGUACCCAUUCUUGUUAUGAUGGAUAAAAGUAUCGAAGAUUAUGGUGAAGACGAACUACGUCAGUUACAGAAACGAGUCGUUCCUGUUCUUCGAAUCUUCGCAGAUGUUGUGUUGCAUGUUCCUGAGCAUAGAAGGUUGCCUCUUUAUAAGAAAUUGGUCGAAACAUUAGGUAAAGACCACUUUUUAUGGGUUUUCAUUACUAUACUGUUCGAAACACAUAUCAGUCAUUUUAACGACGAGAAGAAGAAGGAUAAACAGCCCGCACGAACAUUGGCCGAUAAAGAGUCUCCCAUUAACAGAAUUGAUUUCGCACAAAGUAUUUUAAUGGAAUUCACUCCAGAAACUGCCUUGGAUAACUUCAUUAAAAUGAUAAAAUAUCUGAAAUCAUUGCCAGAGCAAAAAGAUGAAGAUGCAACGGACACGUAUGUUGAUCCUUCCGCUAUAUUCAGUAUCAAAUGUCAUUCGGCAAUUCAAUUGAGACAUUUCAAAUACGUUAUUGUUACUUUCCUUAAUAAUUGCUUAGCUUCCGCGGCGUUUGUGGAACGAUGCCAUCAAAUCACUGAUACAAGUAUGGAAAAUCAUUACAAAGAACUGAUUAUAAAUGUACUGACCUUCAUUCAAAGUAUAUCGAAGAUUAAAGAUGAGAAGACAGCAAAAUAUUGGCGUGUGAUGUUACACCAUAGUUACGAUUUAUUAGAUCAUGCUAAUAAUUUAUUAUCGGCGCCAAUGUUCCUAUCAGUCAUAAGAGGGUUGCUCAAACACACUCUUCAUACUGUACAGAGAAAGGCAAUGGAACUUCUGAACACGAAAAUUCAAUGUAGCCCGGAAAUGUUUGAUAAUGUUGAUAAGGAACUGUUGUUCUCAUUACUUCCGACCUUACUGAGCAUCGUUCAAUCUAUUGAGAAUACAUCUAACAAUACAAAUGAAAAUGAAAACCAAGAUUUGGAACUGAAUCAACAAACAGCCUUACUGUCUUUAAAAUUGCUCACUCGGCUGCUAGCUUCUCAAAAUCCUGAACCAUUUAAACCAGUCUUGGAAGUUGUCACAGAUUACACUUGCAACACCAGCAUACCUCCCAAUGUAAUGGCUUCUGUAGUUCUUUGCUUAGCAGAGUUAUGUGGUAAUCUAAAAGUUCACGCUUUAAGUGCCCUCCGAAGAUUUAUGCCAGCUUUAAUCAAAGUCCUAAAGCGGCAGAGAGAAGCUGAAACACCUGAGUUGGUAUUAUUAAGUACAGUGACUGCCAUAUCUAAAAUAAUUGAAAGUUUACCUCUUUUCCUAAGUCCAUAUCUUCAGAAAAUAAUUUACGAAUAUUCCAUUUUGUGCGCCAAAUGGCAAAGUCAAGAUCAAGACUGUAAUAAAGUAUCGGCUAUUGUUUCAAAGCUGGUAACUAUUAAGAAAAAAUUGGCUAAUUCGAUUCCACCCAGAGUUCUAAUACCAGUUGCUAACGAGACGCAUCAAAUGAUAUUGAGCAAGCAGAAAUAUGAUGUUGUGGGACCAGUUAUGUCUGUUUUAGCUGACAGCUUUACGAAUAUAACCACUGCGGACUUUACGACAUUACAGCAAGAUUUAACGUCAUUUUUCAUAAGUGCGCUGCAGUUAAGAUGUGAUGCCGGUGAACAAAAUGUGGAUGCUGGUACAAUUGACAAGGCGGAAGAUGAAGUCGUUAACGCUCUGGUUUCUCUAGUACUUAAGCUGUCAGAGACCAGUUUCAGACCAUUCUAUUUCAAAAUAUAUGACUGGGCGAUUCGGACUAAUAUUGAGGGAUAUAAGGAUCGAGCGAUCACUUUCUAUAGGGUGAGCAGCGCUAUAGCAGAUAAACUUAAAGGGCUGUUCGUGUUAUUUGCGGGACAUUUUAUUAAGAACGCCGCAGAUUUACUAGACGCGUGCAAUAACAGUAAAUCAGAACAUUUAUACUUCGAUUCAGAGGAGAAAUGUAUUAUGCUCAUAAAGUACAUAAUAAAAACUUUACAUAUAGUGUUCUUGUAUGACAGUCAAAACUUCCUAGACAAGAAUAGAUUCGAAACUCUGAUGCUACCGAUUGUGGAUCAAUUGGAGAAUACACUGGGUGGUAUUUCAAGCCUUAAAGAGAGAGCCACAGAGGUGAUUAUUCCGUGCGUAUCGCAAUUCGCUGUUGCGACGGGUGAUGAUUCGUUGUGGAAGCUGCUGAAUUAUCAGGUGUUAUUAAAGACGAGACAUAAUGAUGCUGAAUUGAGAUUAACAGCGCUGGACUGUUUUGUGGCUAUGGCGUCGCAGUUGGGUAGCAACUGGCUCCCUCUACUGGCAGAGAGCGUUCCAUUCCUUGCAGAACUAUUGGAAGAUGGUGACCAGAGAAUAGAAACGGCCACUAAAAAUGCUAUACGCACUCUGGAACAAAUCCUGGGAGAACCUCUGGAGAAAUACUUUUAAAUUGUUACAAUGAAAAUAAUAAAUAUGUGAAUUUA